AUAAUGCCUGUCAUAUUUAGUAACAUAUAAGACAUGCACAACAAUAUUUCCGACAAAAACCAGAAAACCAAAUUGUAGAGCAGGCUUGUAAAAGAGAACAGGUAGGCACAGUAAAUGAAAGCAAAUUGCCACUGCAGAAAAGCUCUCACACAAAUUCUUCUUGUAACUACUGAAACAUACAAUGAAGAAUCCUAGGCGCCGUGCAUAUGAUGAUAAACAGCCCAGUGAAACAAAGAGGAUUUUACUCGCCGUUGUUUUUGGAACCAUGUUUGGUUACCAUAUUGGGGCAUCUUCAUUUCCUUCACUGUUAACAACACGGGUCAUCCCUGCUCCAACUUUGCAGCUAAAUGUUAAUAAAAGUCUGAAUGUGAAUUCCACCACUGAGACUAGGGACAAGACACCAAAUAAAACUGCCAUGGAUCCUACAAAGAUUUGGGUUUCAUCAAAUCCCAGAGGGGCAGAGUUAAUACCUCCAAAACUUGUUGUUUCUGAGACAGACUUCUUUCCCCAUCGAUUAUGGGGCUUACCCAGUGAGGAUCUGCCUUUUACACCAAAGUAUUUGGUAACAUUCACUGUUGGUUAUAACCAGAAGAACAUCAUUGAUGCUGCUGUCAAAAAGUUUUCAGAGAAUUUUACAAUUCUUCUGUUCCACUAUGAUGGUAAAACCACCGAAUGGAACGAAUUCGAGUGGUCUAAACGGGCUAUCCAUGUCAGUGUUCCUAAGCAGACAAAAUGGUGGUACGCGAAAAGGUUUCUGCAUCCUGACAUUGUUGCAGCAUAUGAAUAUAUAUUCAUGUGGGAUGAAGACCUGGGAGUUGAGAAUUUUAAUGCAGAGGAGUAUAUUAAGCUUGUGAAGAAACAUGGACUGGAAAUUUCACAGCCAGCUUUGGAGCCUGUGGAGGGGUUUUGGAUAGCUUGGGAGAUGACUAAGAGAAAAAAUGGCCAUGAAGUUCACAAAGUAACAGAGGAGAAACCAGGCUGGUGUACUGACCCUCAUUUGCCUCCAUGUGCAGGAUUCGUGGAGAUCAUGGUUCCUGUCUUUUCUCGCGAUUCAUGGCGUUGUGUGUGGUAUAUGAUUCAGAAUGACUUGGUCCAUGGUUGGGGUCUAGAUCUUGCCCUUCAAAGAUGUGUUGAGCCUGCACAUGAGAAGAUCGGAGUCGUUGAUGCUCAACCAGUUUUUCAUCAAAGAAUGACUACUCUUGGCGAUGAGGGAAAGUCAGAAAAUGGGAAGCCUAGUUGGAAAGCGGUGAAUGAGAGAUGCAAUGCAGAAUGGGUAAUGUUUCGAACUAGGUUAGCUAAUGCAGAGAAAGACUACUACAAUAACUCGAUUGGAAUCAAGUUUUCUGAUCCCACAUCUCAUUAGGGAGUUGCAUAUAGUGAGCAUAUAUACAAUUACAUAUAGACUAGUAUGUGC